UGCUCAGUACCUUCUCCCCCUGCCCACCGUCCGUGCCCGGGGGUCCCGUGCCGCCCGCUCACUGCUCUGUCGGUUUGCGCUCUUGGUCACUUGGUUCCCAUCACCUCCGAUACAGAGUCCUGAGAACCUGUCCUUUGGAGGUUUCCUCGCCAACCUUGGACUUCACCACUCCGGUCCUCCUCUUCACUACCUUCUCGCUUUACUGCUCCACCGACAGACUCAGAAACAUUCCUCCACUAACGCUUCUCGACUCUUGCCCUCUUUGUGUGACAACUUUUUUCUUUGGCUUUUGUUACUCUUUGUCCAUCUGUGCUCAAGUUCCUUUGGCUGUUGAAGCUUAUGUGUGGUACUGCACAAAAGUGGUAGCUGUAUCCUAAUUCAAAAACUAAAAAUCUAUACUUUUUGAGGGCUCUGUUACAGGCACUGUCCCAAGAAGCUGAUGUAUAUAGUCUUAUUUGGUUCUUACAUAAAUCUAUUAGCUGGAUAAAAUGUUCUCAUUAGCAUACAAAGACACUGAGGCACAGUUUACCUGUUACCUAAGCUUACUGUAGUUACCAUGGAGUAACAGACAGUACUUGACCAAAUAACAUUAACUUAGGAGCAUUUUAUUUCUAGCUAAAUUUGGUGCCACAAUAGUUUAUGGUAAAACUAAUAAAAAUCUGAACAUAAAAGAGAGGACAAGUAAAUAAAAUGAAAACUUGGCUCUCAGAGAGUUUGUGGUCUAGCUGAUAAAAUAGACAGUUAAAAAUAAUUGCACGAUUGGGAAGGAAGAAAUAAAUCUGCUUUUGUUUGUGGAUGGUGUGAUUGUGUAGAAAAUCCUAAAGAAUUAACCCCAAAAGCCCAAAACUAAUAAAUAGGUAAAUAAAUAAACUAAAUAAAUGAGCUAUCAAGCCGUGCAAGGACAUAGAGGAGCCUUAAAUGCAUAUUGCUAUGUGAAAGAAGCCAGCCUGAAAAGGCUACACGCUGUAUGAUUCCAACUAUUACCUUCUGAAAAAAGUCAAAUUAUAGAUGCAGUAGAAAGAUCAGUGGUUGCCAGGAGUUUGGGGAAUAUGGGGAAGAAUAAGGAAGGGAAGCGCAGGGGAUUUUUUUUGGAUGGUGAAGCUAUUCUGUAUGAUACUAUAAUGGUAGAUAUCUGACGUUAUGCGUUUGUCAAAAGCCACAGGACAGUUUGUGGUAUAAUUUUGUUUAUAUAUUUAGUCUUUGUCCCCAUUCCUGAAUCAGAGCUUCAGAAACCCUUGGAAUUUCAUGAGUGAUAGGUGUGUCCUCGUUAUGCUAAGGAGGUGGCUCCUGGCUGGAGCUGGCGUAAGAAGGGGCUCUAAAUAGCUUCUUCAUGAUGGAGGCUGGUCACCAGAAAGAUCAAGCAUCUUUAGAUGGUCGGUACUUUCAGAUCCAGUCCCCGACCUGCAGGGAGGAGAGGGCCCUGGAGACUGAAUUCACACAGGGGACCAAUAUUUUAAUCAAUUGUGCGUGUGUAAUGAAACCCCAAGUAAAAACUCUGACCACCAGGGCUUGAUGGAACUUUCUGGUUGGUGAGUAUAUCAAUGUCCCAGGAGAGUGAUGCACCCCCAGCUCCAUGGGGACAGAGGCUCCUUCACUUGAGACUCUUUCAGAUCUUGCCCUAUGUAACUUGUCAUCUGGCUGUUCAUUUUAAUCUUUUAUAAUAAAACUGUGAUCUUUAAUUGUAAGUAUAGUGUUUUCAGUGAGUUCUGUGAGUCAUUCUAGCUAAUUAUCAAAAUUGAAGGCAGAUUAUGGAAAUCACUGAAUUUGUAGCCAAGCUGGACAGAAGGGCAGAUAUCAUGAGAACCCCAUUUGCAGCUCCAGUCUGAAGUGGGGGCAGUCUUGUUAGAGAUCUCAUCUUUUAACUUGUGGAAUCUGAUACUGCCUCUAGGUAGUUAGUGCUGGAGUUAAAUUAAAUUGUAGGAUACCUAGCUGGUGUCAAAGAAUUGUUGAUGGAAUGGAACACACUGUACCACACCAGGAGUGACCCCUGAUGUAGAUUAUGGACUUUAGUUAAUAAUAAUGUAUCAAUGUUGGUUCAUCAACUGUAACAAAUGUACACUACUAAUACAAGAUGUUAAUAAUAGGGUAAACAUCUUGAUCUGUGUUUGAGGAGAAGGAAGUACAUGAGAACUCGCUGAACUGUUUGCUCAAUUUUUCUGUAAACCUAAAACCGUUCCAAAAAAAUAAAAUCUAUUAAUUAAAAAUAUAGUAAUUACACAAAUAGAGUUGUGAUGGAUAUUUGAAGAAAUAGCUCAGGGGACUAUGGAAAGAUAUUACAAGGGAACCAAAAUUAGUCUAGGAGUUCAAGGAAGGCAUCCUUGAAGAUGGGGCUUUUAAGCUGAAGAGUAAGAAUUAGCCAAGUGACAAAAAUGGAGGAAAAGUGUUUCAGGCAAAGAGAAUAGCAAACUCAAGAGCAUUGCAGUUGAAUUGAAGCUUGAUGCAUUUCAGGAGCUAAAAGGCCACCUUGGGAAGAACACAAUAGUAAGAGAAGGAAUGAUUUAAAAUAAAGCUGGAGAAGUAGGCAGGGCUGUACAGAUGCUACUGAGGAGUAACAUGAUUAGAUUGGCAUCGUAAAAGAAUUACUAUGGUUACUGCUUGGAGGAUGGAUUGUAUGUGUGGAUAAGUGUGGGAUGUGCAGAGACACACUAGGAGACUACUACAGUCAUCCUGAUGUGUCAGUUACGGUGGAGACAGAGAAAAUCAGAGAAAUCAAAACGAUAUUAGAAUAAAGAUUCAAGGAGGCUUAGUAGUUGGUGAAGUGAACUAAAAACAGGGAGGUACCUAAGGUAAUUACUAGGUUCUGGCAUGAGUGAGGAGCUGGAUGUUGGCACAUUUGCUAAGGUAGGGUACACUAAGAUGAAAGAAAUAGGAAGUGGGAAGAUUAGAAGAAUGUUUUGGGAUUUAUUAAGUUUGAAAUGGCAUGUGAGUUAUCAGUUGUGGUAGGCUCAGUAAUGUUCCUCCAAAGAUGCUCAUGUCCUGAUCCCCAAAACUUGUAAACCUGUUACCUUAUAUAGUAAAAAGGACUUCGCAGAUAUGACUAGGUUAAGUAUUUUGAGAUGGGGAGAUUGAGAGAGAGAGAAGCUAGAGAAUGAAAGUUGGUAGUAGAAGACGUGAGGAAGAAAGCAGAAUUUGAAAUGAUGUGGCCAUAGGCCAAAGGAUGCCAGCAGCCUCUGGAAGUUGGAAAAGAUAAGGAACAAAUUCUCCCCUGGAGACUUCAAAAGGAGCCAGCCCUGUCAACAUCUUAAUCUGCAGAAUCACCCUGAUGUGUCCAUCACCUGUGUCUGCAGGAAACUGAAGAUUUACUCUCUAGUGAACGAAGGGAGGGUUUUAUAGCAGCAAGAUUAUGAACAAAGUUUUGUUGAACAGUGAAGCUGCCACUUAAGACACUCCUCGGCUGACGUUCCUGGAACGAAUAUUUCUACUUUGUGGAGCUACCAAAAAAUUUUUAAGCAAAGUUGCAGAUUCUCCUCCUUAGAAGUUCUGCAUUUCAUUUGCAAAAUGCUGACCGUGUCUCUGAUCUGGGGGAUUGUUAUAGCAGUGGGCUGCUGCUUAUGGCUUAUUCUUGGAAGGAGGAGAAGACAAAUGGGUGAACCGCCUCUGGAGAAUGGGUUGAUUCCAUACCUGGGAUGUGCUCUGCAAUUUGGUGCCAAUCCUCUUGAGUUCCUCAGAGCAAAUCAAAGGAAACAUGGCCAUGUGUUUACCUGCAAACUAAUGGGAAACUAUGUACACUUCAUUACAAAUCCCUUGUCAUACCAUAAAGUUUUGUGCCAUGGAAAAUACCUUGAUUGGAAAAAAUUUCACUUCACUACUUCUGCAAAGGCAUUUGGGCACAGCAGCAUUGACCCGAGUGAUGGAAACACCACUGAAAACAUAAGCAAAACUUUCAUCAAAACCCUGCAGGGUGAUGCCUUGAACUCCCUCACAGAAGCCAUGAUGGAAAACCUCCAACUUGUCAUAAGAGCUCCAGUCGUUCCUAAAUCACAGAUGCCUGCCUGGGUGACGGAGGGAAUGUAUUCCUUCUGCUACCGAGUGAUGUUUGAAGCUGGGUAUCUAACUCUCUUCGGCAGAGAUCUUACAGGGCAAGAUACACAGAAGGCACUUAUUCUAAAUAACCUUGACAACUUCAAGCAAUUUGACAAAAUCUUUCCAGCCCUGGUUGCGGGCCUCCCCAUUCAUGUGUUCAAGACCGCCCACCAUGCCCGGGAAAAACUGGCAGAGGGCUUGAGACACCAGACCCUCGGAAAGAGAGACCACAUCUCGGAACUGGUCAGCUUUAUGAAUGACACGCUCUCCACCUUAGACGACAUGGAGAAGGCCAAGACGCACCUCGCUGUCCUCUGGGCGUCGCAAGCAAACACCAUUCCAGCAACUUUCUGGAGCUUAUUUCAGAUGAUUAGAAGCCCUGAAGCAAUGAAAGCAGCUACUGAAGAAGUGAAUAAAACACUAGAGAAUGCUGGUCAAAAAGUCAGCUUUGAAGGUGGUCCUAUUUGUUUGAAUCAAAUGCAACUGAAUGACAUGCCAGUGCUAGAUAGUAUCAUCAAGGAGUCUCUGAGGCUUUCCAGUGCCUCCCUGAACAUCCGGACUGCGAAAGAGGAUUUCACUUUGCACCUGCAGGACGGUUCCUAUCAUAUUCGCAAAGAUGACAUCAUAGCUCUUUAUCCACAAUUAAUGCACUUAGAUCCAGAAAUCUACCCAGACCCUUUGGCUUUUAAAUACGAUCGAUAUCUCGAUGAAAAUGGGAAGACAAAGACCACGUUCUAUAGUAAUGGACUCAAGCUGAAGUAUUACUACAUGCCCUUCGGGUCAGGAGCUACAAUAUGUCCUGGAAGAUUAUUUGCUGUCCAGGAAAUCAAGCAAUUUUUGAUUCUGAUGCUUUCCUAUUUUGAACUAGAGCUUGCGGAGAGCCAUGUUAAAUGCCCCCCUUUGGACCAGUCCCGUGCAGGCUUAGGCAUUCUACCGCCGUUAAAUGAUAUCGAGUUUAAAUACAAAUUCAAACAUUUGUGAAUAUAUGGUUGGAAAAAGAGGAUGCUAGAUGAUGUUACAGGGCUGCAGAGCACUUAUCCACGCCUUUCGACGGAUGCAUUUAGUGGUAGUGGAGCCGAUUCAGCAGGUCCAAUUCUGUUCAUGGACGCUUGCUUGUGAAUCUUAACAGUUUGGUGACAGUUUCCAGAUGCUAUCUCAGACUGUGCUGGGAAAAAAACUAGUUUCUAGAAGCACAAUAAUUUGUUUUCAUUUGAAUAAGUCAGUGAAGGUUCAGAUAGCCAGAGACUGAACUGCAUUAUUUUCAGAGGAAAAAGUCUUUUUUUCCCAGAAUGAAGAUAUUCUAAUUGGCAGAAGGUUUUUUUCCUAAGGAAACAGCUUUUUUUUUUUUAUAAAAACCACCCAACGAUUAUGAAAAAGGUACAAAUUCACGUUUUAGUGAAACUGCAAGAUUUUUUGAUUAGAUAUGGGGUUCUUUGGGUAUAGAUGUAUGUUAUAAAGGAUAUUUCAUAGGAUUAUAUCACGCAUUUUAACUAGAAAAAAGUAUUUUUCAGCUUUCCCUAUACCCAGUAUUCAGAACUUUUAAAAUGGUGAUAUUGAUGUCCUGAAAACAUUAAAGUUUGGUUUUAGUAUUUUCCCUUUAUGUUUUACUUUUGCUGGAAACUAGUGUCUAUGUCAGGUUUCAAUUAUCUUAUCGAUCCUUUCAUUAGAUUCCAUAUUAUUGAGAAGAUUUUUUCAGAGGAGGCGGUUUUUCUGAUAUUACUAGACAUGCAUCAGUGAAAAGAAUGUAGCUCUCACGUGAUAUGUUUUAAAAGUAACGCUGCUUGAAGACUACCAUUGAAAAGCUUUGCAUAGAAAACAUGCAAAGAGUUUGCUAAAAGCAGCUUGGCAUUAUGUUUUAUUUAAAUACUUCUUACCUUCAAAUGACUUGUAGCUGAAGGAAAGAUAAUUUAAGGCUGUAUGAUAUCGUUUAACUACUAUGUACAAUAGUGCUUUGGCAAAAUAUUUUAAGUAUUGGAGUUAUCAGCUAUAAUAUUUUUACUGACAUUUCUGUAUGUAUUUAUACGUAAAUUACAUUUCACUUUUUUCUUGUACUACUAAUAUUAAGAAAAUAUUGUAACAUCUAAUACGUUUGAAAUAACUUACCUUUCAGAAAUAAAAGUGUGAAUUUGUGUUUUAAGUUUUGAGAAUGUUUAAAACAUUCACCUACUGAUAAGCGGCAACAAUUUUGUUCAUUACUCAUCUCUUAGAAAAAGCAAAAUAAUCAUUCACUCAAAAAUCUCCUCCAUACUUCAUAAAAUUUAUUAAAGAUUUUUAAUUUUACUAUUUAAUAUUAUCACAGAAUUAACUCUUAUGUAGGUUAUUUUUCCUAUUAAGAAAAUUAAACUCGUUUAGAUGCGGUUCAAGAUUUUAAAAAUUCUGUUUCAUAGCAAAAUGUUUUAAACUAAAUUUCUAAUGUGGUUUCCAAAUGCAUUUUGUAACUCACUGAAUGAACGCAUACAUCUUUCUACAUCUUUAUUCUUG